AUGACCAAACUUAAGAAAAGGUCAACAAAUGCAUUUUUUCAAUACAGAAAUUCAAAAAUUGUUCAUGAGCAAAAACGUAGGAUGAGAGAUCAUUCACGGAUUACCGCAUCAGGGUGGAGAAAUCAAGAUGAUUCACAAAAAAUACAAUUCUUUCAGGCUGCGGCAAAAGAUGCGGUUGAGAAAGAAGCUGCUUCAGGUGGUAACGGCUUUACACAAAAAUCCUUCGAGCCGUGUGGUAAUUUCGCAUUUGUAAACGAAACCCCGAUCAGAAAAGAAAUCAUUCCUCCUUUGACUAAAGAGGAGUCAAACGUAAAGAUGAUUACUGACAACGAGCAAUCCAAUCGAGCUCAACGGUAUUCGGAUGUUGAUGAGCAAAGGGAUAUUAACAAAGUAGUCAUCUCGUGUACGGAAGUUCCUUUAAAGAAUUCUUUGGUAGACGAUAAGAAAGUUUCGUUUGACGUUUCAAAUCGUGGUAAUAAGAUGAGUAUUACUCAGCUGAUACAACAAUCGGAUGCUGAUGGAUAA